GGAAAAAAUUCCGGCCUGUCCUUCGGGACAUCCGUUAAAAUUGGAACGAUACAGAGAUUGAUUAGCAAUGGCCCCUGCGCAAGUAAGGAUGACACGCAUAAAUCGAGAAAUGGUCCAAAAAUUUUCCGGCCUCACAGCCCCAAAGAAGUUGGCGGUCACGCAAGGGCAAAGAAAACAAGCCGCGCGGCCGAAGUUGCGGUGGGGCGGAAAGUUGCGGAGGGGCCGAAGUUACUGAGACUGCUGGGCGGAGUUGAGGAGGAUGGCAGAUGAACGUGAGGAUAGAGAACAGUUCUCUGCAGACGAUUUUGCAGAAAUUCAUCCAGGCCGGCGGAUGGUGUUCAGGUAUCCGCUGAGGGUAGCCCACCAUGUGGCGGCUGCGGGGGACGAAGGAUCAGGAAAGGAGGGUGUUGUCCACGCGCGUACAUGUGAUGGAAAUGGAGCUGACAUAGGAGUGGAGGGGAUUUCGUGUGCAAGUGUCGAUUGCUCGCCUGUUGACAAGGUGGGGGUGAGGGACGCUAGCGUGGUUGUUGACCUGAUCGUGACGAUUCUCGAUGCAUUGAUCGAAUCUCAGGGACAUGAUGAGGUGCCAGCUGGAACACAGGAUGUCCAUUCUGUUGGCCCACCACGUGUCAAUUUUGUGGCCAUGGUUGUUCCUAUGGGUAAGGAACAUGAUUGGGUUUACUCCUCUCCCGGAGGCCAAUGGCAGUUGCUUGCCAGUGCAGGCGGUACCCGAUUGGUGUUGAUUUGCUGCACUGACGUGGCACAUGAUUUGCAAAUGGCGAUCACAGAAGACGAUAUCCGCGCUGGGCUUCAACCUCUCCUGCUUGCACUUGCGCCGCGCUCUUGUUUCGACGAUUGUCAGCCCAUCCCUUUCAUCAGCUACACUGAUAGCGUUGUCCGGCGGCACGUGUUGGAGGUUGUCGAGUCGGAGAUGACAGGGGAGAUGAGGGUGGAAGAUGUGGAGCUUGACUCUCCGCGAAGGGUGCUUUUGCAAGAGCACGAGAGUCCGCAGGAAUGGAAUACUAAUCGAGGUGAGGAGAGGACGGAGAUCACAGACUCGGAUAAGCUCGGUGAGUGCAGUCAAGAUUGGAAAAGAGUGAGAAGAAGAGAGGGGUUGUUGUUGGAAGGGGAGUCCGGCAGAAGGGGCCCGGAUCGAGAAUCCAUGUCUGUAUCGGGGAUGUCAGACACUAGCUCUGGAGGCGUCUCUGGAGCGGGUGGAGCAGGUCCGCAAAGGGCUCGCUUCCGACGCAGGCUUGUCUUCAAGCGAAUGCCUAAUCUUAUCCAGAGCGAGGUUGUACUAGUUGAGCCACGGGUCGGCAAAAUGUUUGCCUGCACAUCCCUAGUUACCAGCAGCAGUCGUGAUUGUGGCACGUUUGUGCUGUGUUCCCACGAGGGGGCAUGGCGCCCUCAGGGGCCCUCCCUACAGGGCAGUCUUAGCAACGGGCAUACAGAUCACAGUGAUAAAGAUGGCUGUAGAAAUGACCGUACACACAGUGUCAUGGUCGAAAAAGGUGUGUGUGGACGUAAGCGCAACCAGAAGGACCCUACGACUGGCAUUUGUGGCGAACGGAAGCAUCUGCGGACAUCGGCGAAUAGGGAAAAGAAUAGGGCCAGUGGGGUGCUUGACCCUGUGCAGCAGCAUGACACUGACCAGGGGACUGUUCGCCCAUUGUCCACUGCCAAUGCUUCUGCUGUCAAUGCUCCAUUCGUCAACGCUUCUGCAGUUAAAACUCCUGGAGUCAACGGCACUGUUGCCAAUGCUGCUGAAGUCAACGGCACUGCAGUCAACACUGUUGGAGUCGAUGCUGCUGAAGUCAAUGGCACUGCAGUCAACACUGUUGGAGUCGAUGCUGCUGAAGUCAAUGGCACUGCAGUGAAUAAUGCAGAAGUCAACGCCACUCCAGUUCAUGCCACUGUAUUCAAUGCUGCUGGAGUUAACGACAACGCAGUCAACACUGCCGGAGUCCACACCGCUGCAGUCAACACUGCUGAUGUCAAUGUGGCUGAAGUCAAAGCCACUGCAGUGAAUGCUGUUGAAGUGAAUGCCACUGCAGUCACUGCCACUGCUGCCAGUGAUGCUGGCGUUCAUGCCAACUCUGCUAUACUCGUCUCUGCCAGAUACAAUCGCCCUGAAGGUCAGUUGUGCACAGGUGUGCAGCAGCCAGCUCACUCUGCUGAUGCAGUGAGUGGUGGAUGGAAAGGUGAUGGAGCUAUGAAUGAUUCUGGAAGAGGGAUGGAUUUAACCCCUCUGUGGUCUACGUCGCCGGUGCCACACACAGAACAAUCCGUCUGCAAGCAAGGCGAGUGUGUGCAUGAUGCUGGAGAUGGAGAUAAAGAUGGAGAUGGAGAUGGAGAUGGAGAUGGAGAUGGAGAUGGAGAUGGAGAUGGGAAUGGAAUGGAUGGUGGGCAAGAUACUGUGACAUGGCAUUCUGACACAAUGACACCCGGCAUGGAUGGACGAGUUAUUGAUCAUUGUCAGCUGAUUCACAGUUACCUUCCGGCAAUUGUUGCAGGGCUGAGCCUGAUUGCUCCCGUCUUGGAUUGCCGCUUGGCUGAUGGAUGUCUGCCACGUGUACUUGUCAUUGGUCUGGGCGGUGGGGCGCUGCCUAUUUUCCUUCAUCGCCACUUUCCUUUCCAGAUGGAGGUGGUGGAGAAGGACACAGAGGUCGGAGGAUUAUCAAAGCGCCACUUUGGUCUUAGAGAGGAUGGGAGAAUGAGCGUUUUCAUUGGAGAUGGAAUAGAGUUUGUUGGGAAGGAUCGGGGGAGGAGGUUAUCUGGGAGUCUUGGAGAUGAGAAGGAGCAGGAAAAAGUGGAGAAGAGCGAGAGUGAAAAACAGCAGGACAAGAGGAAGGUAGAAGAAGGAACAGCUAUGCCAGCACAGCUUAAAAGGAAGAGAGGACUACAUGCGGAGACGAAACUGGGGAAGGUAGGGUGUAGAAAUGUAGAAAUGAGUGAUUACAAUCAUGAAGGGCCAGCAAUGGCAGCAGAAGGAAGUACUGCUGGAGGCCUGAAGAGAAGGAGUGAGGAGAUGAAGAGGUCUUCUGUGGAUUCUGCAUUGAUGGGCAUGUCGGCAGCGAAUGGAGAAUUAAUGGGGGAGGAAAAUGUGCAGCAGUUGCGAUAUGUCGAAUGCCUAGGGUGGAGUGAGGGGAUGCUAUCGAAGGAGUUGGAGGAGAGGUGCUCGGCGAGCUCCGAGCUCGGGAGGAUGUUGUCGGUGGGUGUGGAAUUGGCACAGGGGGAGGGUGUGCAGUUGCAGCCCUCUGCUGUAUCAAAUGAAUACGGAUGUGCAGAUACUCCCGCAUCAGCCAGAAUGUUAUCAUCAGAGUCAUCGGACUGGUCAGAAUCGUCAGAUGAAUUGUCAGAUUUGUCCGGCUCGCUGGGAUCGAAUGAAAGUGAUUUGACGUCGCUUUGCACGUCUUCUUCUGAGCAGGUGGAAAGCGUGCAGGCUGAGAAAAAUGCCUGGGAGUCGAGGUCCCAUGGAGAGGAUGCAAGGGACGCAGGACAUACUUCUUCCUCUGCCAAUUGGGAUGUCGUUAUAGUCGAUGUGGAUGCGGGAGACGCCAGGCUCUUCGUGAGCUCACCGCCGAGUGAGUUCCUCGAGCCACGCUUCUUAAAAGCUGCGAGGAAAUCUCUGCAAGUUGGCGGAAUGCUGGUCUUCAAUGUCGUUGCAUGGUCUGGCGAGUCCUAUUCUGAUGUCAUUCGAGUCUUGAAAACCUUCUUCAAGGACGUUUAUGAAGCAGAUGUUGAGGGCGACGUGAACCGGGUUGUUUAUGCCAUUCACAGGCGGGGUUCGAAAGGGGUAGGGGCGGACUUGAGUGACAGCUACUGCUGCAGGGACAUCCCUGUCGAUAAGAGGGGCUGUCUCAUGCGUAUUGUGCGAUCAGUAACAGGUAGCUUGUGCGAGGCCAUCCGUUUGGUUAGAUGAGAAGCACGUGAAGACGAGUGUGCAAUAUAGCUGCUACUACCCUCUUUCCCUGAAUACAACAUACAGUCAACAUAGCUGUAUCAUGUGGCACCGCCGGUCUUUGUUCCUAUGGAAGUUUCUUGGUGGCUGUGGAGGUUCAAGUCAGACUGAGAGGACCUGUUUUGUCAGAAGGAUUGCUUGAGCUAUGGUACAAGGACGAAGAUUAUGUGGAACAGAGCUGUUGUUUGCAGAUCGGGUAUCAGGUAUGUAUUGAGUUUUUCAGUUUUACCUCAUCAAGUUCCGAAACCGUUGAACAGCUGUAGGUUUGAAGAUGAAAGGCUUGUUACCUGAAAGGCUUGUGGCAGGAUAGUACACACUUGUAACUGUCAGUAAAGUCCGAUAAACAGA